AUGGUGCCCGUGGCGCGCGCCGCCGCCUCGAACGAGGACGCCAUGCGCGCGGGCACCGCGGGCGAGCCCGGGCUCCGCCAGGCAAGCCUGGUGUCCACGAGUACCGAGGAGCUCGCCGAAUUCAGGGUCGAGGACGUGAUCGCGGGCCCCGCGAGGCCAGCGCCCCUUCUCUUCCGGCCGGAGGCGCCGAAGGUGACGAGCGGCAGCGACGACCUCGAGGAGACCUCUCGUGUCCGAGUCCAUCGCCUCCGCGCAGCAGGCGCUCCAGCGCCUCGCGGAGCGAGCGCGGUGGGCGGUGCGGUGCCAGGCCGAGGACAGCGAGGCCCUCCGCAAGGAGAGCUGGCGCACCCACGGGUGCAUGUGGAGCAGGCCGCCGAGGCCCUGUCCACCGGACAGGGCUUCGCCGGGCCGUCGAGCAAGAAGGGCACCGUGGACCAGCACGUGCGGCCAGACAGCCGAGAGGCGUGGCCGGGGCCGUGGCCUCCCUGCGCGGAGGGCAAGUUGCCCCAGCAGUUCGGGGUCGAGGACUCCGACGGCGAGGCACCUCGGGGCAGCAUGCCGCCGCCGCGCAGGACGACCUUCACGUGCUUGGACAACCGCGCGGCAAACGCCACGUCGCAGUCAACCUUGGCCGUGGCGACGUCGAACGCCGCGUCGCCGAUGAGGCGCAGGCAAACGCAGGACCGACAUCAGGACCCUCCUCGCCGACACGACCCACGCCGCAAGGGAGGCGUUCGGAAAACGGCAGUCGUCGCGGCUGGGCGUCUUCCCAAACGUCGACGACAUGAAGGCGAAAGUGCGUACGUACGUACUGUCUCAGGACUACAACGUGAGCAACUUCUACAAGCAGGAGAGGGCCCUGCGCAGUUCAUCGCGAGGAGCAGCGCCUUCGAGUACAUUACCCUUACCGUCAUCAGUCUGAACGCGCUCUGGAUCUCGGUGGAUGUGGACGAGAACACUUCAGUUGAUCCCACAGAGGCAUCGCUUUCGUUCCAGAUCAUGGACAAUUUUUUCUGUGGGUAUUUUUUCACCGAGUGGUUCAUCCGCUUCGCCGCCUUCGAGCUGAAGAAGAACUGCUUGAGAGACCGCUGGUUUGUGUUCGACUCCUUCCUUGUCGGCCUAACCGUGGUGGACACUUGGCUCAUGGCACUGGUCUUCAUGUUCUUCAACGUGUCUUCUGGACCUGGCGACAGUAUCUCCGUUCUACGUGUUUUUCGGCUUCUGCGGCUGACGAGGAUGGCGCGGAUGGUGCGCCUGCUGCGCGCCGCCCCCGAGCUGAUGAUCCUGGUGCGCGGCAUGGCCGCCGCCUCCCGCUCCGUGGCGCUCACGCUGGUGCUGCUCUCAGGGAUCAUCUACAUAUACGCGAUUAUCUUCAGGCAGGUCACGGACGGCACCGCCAUCGGGGACCAGUAUUUCAGGUCCAUCCCCGCGUCGAUGUCGUCGCUUCUCCUGAGAGCCACCCUGCCCGACAUGGGCGAGAUCCUGGAGGAUACGGGGAACUCGCACAUUCUUCUGGGAAUGAUCAUGCUCUCGUUCAUUCUUAUGGCCACUUUGACCGUCCUUAAUAUGUUAGUCGGUGUACUCGUAGAGGUCGUGAGUGUCGUGGCGACUGUCGAGAGGGAGGAACUCACAAUGGCUUCAGUGAAGUCGAACAUGGAGCGUCUCUUCGAGAUGACGGGCCUGGACGUGGACUCGAAUAGUUGUGUCAGCAGGCUGGAGUUCGAGAACCUCCUCGAAAUACCAGAAGCCGUCAAGAUGAUCCACGAGGUCGGAGUGGACGUGGUAGGCCUCAUAGAUUACGCGGACAUGAUCUUCGAGGGCUACCAGAAGGAGCUCUCCUUUGCAGAGUUCUUCGACGUGCUGCUCAGCCUCAGGGGGAACAACGCCGCCACAGUCAAGGACAUCGUUGACCUUCGCAAGUUUGUCUACUCGACGAUGUCCGGUGAGUUCCAGCAGGCCAACAAGGCAGGGAUCUUCAGCUCGAGGUCUUCGGGGCGAGCGGGGCCCUCGCAGGGGAUGCGGAGCAUCGACAACCCUCCGUCGCCAGCGGAGGCGGGGGAGCUGACUGCCCAGACGACGUCCGUCAGCCAGGAGAGCGUGUGA